UGACCUUUGGGGGCGAGGCCACUGGCGGAGGCGGCGCUGCUGCUCGGAUGCACUCGGCUCUGAGCAAAGAUAGGAUCUUUGGCUCUGAGUUUGUCCUCUGAGACUGCGCCACGGCCCUGAACGACAACUGGGCGAGUAUCCUCAGCGGCAUCAGAGUGCGUGCUCACUGAAAGGGUAACGGCAAGGAAUCCCGAGAGUGCGGGAGCAAAACACAAAAUGCUGGAGGGACUCAGGUUCUGGCAGCAUCUGUGAAAAGAAAUUGAAGGGCGAUAAUCAGGGUCGGGACCCUUCCUCGGUCUUGCUCAAAGGUUGCAGCAUCUAUAAAUCCUUGUAGCCUAAAAUUCGGAAUUCAGCAAAUGUAAACAGAUACCAUAAAAUGUAAUGAAUCACAAAGAUGGCGGCGACAGCGACGACCAAACUAAGAUCUUUGGCGACGACCAGGCAGCUGGUGUGAUCACUGUAUUUCGGGUUCCAGUAAUCUGGAGAUAAGAGGUAUGUGGCACAAAUUGCACAGGCUUAAUGUUCCUAAAUACAACACAUGUCGUCUGAAAAAAUAACUGUUACUGUUAGGCUGGUUCGUUCUUUCGAGCAUCGCAAUUUCAAACCCGUAGUCUACCAUGAUGUUAAUGUUAAUCAAUCUGUAAAGGAAUUCCUUUCCUUUCUCCAGAAUGAUGUAUCUUCAAAGCCUGGGCUUCCCCCACCAUUUACGAAGUACACAUAUGAUACAUUAAAGAUUAUUCACCAAGCACAUGGGGCAAAGACAAAUGAUCUUGUUGUAAGUUUGGAUAAUGAUGACCAACUUAUAUUAAAGGAGACAAGCACACUGAAAGAAGCAGGAGUGGCCCAUGAAACUGAAAUGGCUUACUUUAAAAAGGAAGAUUAUGAAACAUACAAAACGAACCCUGUAGUUAUCUGGUGACAAUUGUAGAAAUGUCAGUGUUUGAAAAUUUAAUGACCUCAAGUAUCACAUUCUGUGAAGUUUGAAAUUUUGAGAACUGUGUGAUAAAGCAGCUCAUGCAAAUAAUGUUUUUUUUUCUUUCCUGUUUAAAGAUGAAUUGUAAAAACAUACAUUUUAAUUUGGCUGUCUCAUUUAUGUCACUCCACUAUAUUUUCACCAGUUGCAAUGUACAUUUCUGGAAUAAGAUGUUUAGAAAGUUCUUCAACUGGUCAUGUUUACAACCCAGUAUUGAGGGGAACCAGGGAGAUUUCAUACUUACCAUUGGGAAAUGUUUGAUUAUAGAACCAUAUAGCUGGAUCAAAGUAAAACAUUGUUUAUACAUGGAUAAAAUUGUUAACAUUCUUUCAAAUUAAAAAAA